AUGGAUAACCAAUACUACUAUAAACUAAUGGCGAGCUAUCUAUCAAAACGGAACUGUGAUGAGUCGUUUAUGAGAUAUUUUUUCGGUAAGAACUCGCUAAAGAAAACACCCGAGGAAAUGGAGCGAGCGGAUGAGAGGAAACGAAGACUUCAAAGAGAGCGUUCCCGUCGCUACAGAGCUCUGAAGAACGCCCGACGUCAGCAUGAAGGUGGCGGUGGGGGUGCGCGCGACUCCAGUGACGGGGACGCGGCGCGGGCCAAGAGUGGCGCGCUGGCUCUCGACGACGAGCUCAGUGACGGCGACGAGCCGCCCACGCUCUGCGAUCUCAACUACGACGAUAAGUGGCGAGAGCCCGGCGCUUCCUCUGACUGGGCUUCCGACGACAAUUCCGCGCACUCCGCCGCCGAGCUCAAGGAGGCUGCACUAUCCGGAGACUGUUCAUUGAGCCUCAAGGAGUUCUUGAGCUCGCCCAAUGCAGAGCUCGACUAUCCCACUGUCCACAGCCUCAUGUUCCACUGGCUGCAGACGUAA